AGGCCAGGGUGGGAGCAGCGGGAGUUUAAGCUGUCACUGCUUGCCCUGCCUUCCCGCAUCUCCCGAGGGCAGGGACGAGGGUUCUCUGCUGAGUGUGGACCAAGCACAGACCCCGUCGCAGGCGCUUGACAGACAUUAGCUAUUUAAUCCUCAUAGCAACCCAGAUCAAGCAGCCAGCCAGGAAAUCCCAGACUCAGCCAGCCGUUCUUUCCCUCGCUACCUCCGGGGGCGAGCUCCCCUAUUGGGAUGCAUCUUGCUAAAUCUCAAAUCCGCCCUUCCCUUCCCGGGCUGCACUCGGAGACCUCGCCCGCUCAGCGUCGCGACUGUGCAAGCGCCGGCUGCCGUCGGGGGAGGGCGGGACCCGCUCGGCCAAACCCCGUGAACUCGCCCGCGUGCUCCCGGUAUCUCCGGGGUGGAGUCGGCAGCGCUCCGCUCGGCGGGCAGCGCGGUCACCCGGGCUCCGCGCCCUCGCUCACCCCGCUGACUCCAUCCUUUCCACCGCCCCCCGCGUCCCGCGUCCCUCGGGCCCGGCCACCGCCGCCCUACCCGGCGAGCUCAUUGGCCGCCCAGGGCCGGCUCUGUCUCCAUAAAUACAAGGUGCCCGGGCUGGAGAGCAUGGGCCGCAGCAUCCCUGCUACUGCCUCAGCCUCACAGGCCAGCAGGUGGACUCACGGGCCGCCCCUUCCCCUCCCCGGGCCACCAGCCGGGCCGCGCUCCCCCAGCCCCUCGGCCAGCACUAGGCGGUCAGCUGCGCCUCGCCGCGUGUGGAGCAUCCUCGCCAAAGUCCUGCUCUCCGCCCAGCCCCGUGCCCUCGAUCGCACCUGCCGGCCCGGUUUGCCUCUUAGCGUCACCGAGCCCCCGAAGCCCGUCCGGUCCUCUCCGCCUGCCCUUUCCAGCCCCUGCCCCCUCCCAUCCCGCGUCUCCGCACUGCCAUGGGCUCCCCCGUGAGCAGGAGCCGCUCGCUGUCCGCCUUCCUGCAGCGGCGCGGCCUGGAACAGCCCCGGAGACCCGAGACGUCGGGGACGCACGCGCCCCCUGCGCUGCGCGAGGCGCCCCCCUGCCCGCUCCUGCCCGGGCCCACCAACUGGCCCCUGCUGGGCAGUCUGCUGCAGAUUCUCUGGAAAGGAGGGCUGAAGAAGCAGCACGACACCCUGGUGCAGUACCACAAGAAGUACGGCCAGAUAUUCCGGAUGAAGCUGGGCUCUUUCGACUCGGUGCACCUGGGCUCGCCCAGUCUGCUGGAAGAGCUGUUCCGCUCCGAGGGCGCUUGUCCGCAGCGGCUGGAGAUCAAGCCCUGGAAAGCCUAUCGGGACCACCGUGCGGAGGCCUACGGGCUGAUGGUGCUGGAAGGCGAAGACUGGCAGAGGGUCCGGAGAGUUUUUCAAAAGAAAUUAAUGAAACCAGUGGAAAUUAUGAAGCUGGACAGCAAAAUCAAUGAGGUCUUGGCUGACUUUAUGGUUAGACUAGAUGAGCUCCGAGAUGAAAGAGGCCACAUUGAAGACUUGUACAAGGAACUGAACAAAUGGUCAUUUGAAAGUAUCUGCCUCAUCUUAUAUGAGAAGAGAUUUGGGCUCCUUCAGAAGAACAUAGGAGAGGAGGCUCUGAGCUUCAUCACAGCCAUCAAAACAAUGAUGAGCACCUUUGGGAAGAUGAUGGUCACCCCAGUCGAGCUGCACAAGAGCCUCAACACCAGGGUCUGGCAGAUGCACACUCUGGCCUGGGACACCAUUUUCAAGUCAGUCAAGUCUUGUAUCAAUAGCCGGUUAGAGAAACGUUCUCAGCAGCCUAGUACAGAUUUCCUUGGUGAUAUUUAUGACCACAGUCAGCUUUCUAGAAAAGAAUUGUAUGCUGCCGUCACGGAGAUCCAGCUGGGUGCAACAGAAACGACAGCAAACAGCUUAAUGUGGAUUCUCUACAAUUUGUCCCGUAAUCCUCAAGUGCAACAAAAACUUCUUAAUGAAAUUCAAAGUGUAUUGCCUGAGAAUCAGAUGCCAAGGGCAGAGGAUUUGAAGAAAAUGCCAUAUUUAAAGGCUUGUCUAAAGGAAUCCAUGAGGCUCACCCCAAGUGUGCCGUUCACAACUCGGACUCUGGAUAAGGCAACAGUUCUUAGUGAAUAUGCUUUACCCAAAGGGACAGUGUUGAUGCUAAAUACCUACGUACUGGGGUCUGAUGAAGACAAUUUUGAAGAUUCUGAUCAGUUUAGACCUGAACGUUGGCUUCAAACGAAGAAAAAGAUCAAUCCCUUUGCACACCUUCCAUUUGGGGUUGGGAAAAGAAUGUGCAUCGGUCGCCCAUUAGCCGAGCUCCAGCUCCACUUGGCCCUCUGCUGGAUCAUCCGCCGAUUCCACAUCGUGGCCACAGACAGCGAGCCUGUCCACAUGCUGCACCUGGGGAUCCUGGUGCCCAGCCGGGAGCUGCCCGUAGCCUUCUGCCCUAGAUGAGACCCUCAGACUUUUCUUUCACCCAAAUCAAGAACAACUAUCUUUAACUUCCUACAAGAACGGUGCUUGUGGCUUCUGCAUUUCUGGAAAGCAAACUUCAAACACUAGUGUAUGCAACAGCAUAUAGCUUCACUGUGAAAUCUGUAACUCUCAAGAGUAAGUUUAUAUUUCACAUUGAAAGGCCUGAUGCGGCCUUUCAAGUCUGAGACUUGAAAUCUUCCCGAGUCUGGGACCUAGGGUCAUAAUGACAAUCUGUUUACUGUAACUCUGUUUACUGUGACAUUUGGGGGUAUACCUGCUUGAUGAGAGCAUCAAAGCUAAAUGUUGAUUAAAGUAAUCAACUCAAAAAACUACUCCUGCGUUGCAGUGAAGACAUUAUUGAGGAAUUAGAACAUAGCUCUAUUUUCAGAAGUAGUCUAAUGAAGCCAGAAGUUCUUCUAUAAGAAUACCUUAAUGAUUUACUCAAUUUGAUCAAAGUACCCUGAAAUGUUUUUUAUUUCAAUAAUGUAUCUCCUCUAUGGUAUCAGAAUGUGGAUGAAGUUGUGGAUACAUAGGCACUUGUGUGUGUGUGUGUGUGUGUGUGUGUGUGUGUGUGUUUGUGUUCCAUUGGUAAUUUGUUUCUGGCACUUUUUAUAUAAAGAUAAAUUUAGGAUCUGUGGUGCUGGGAAAUGAUCUAAAGUUCAGUCACAGUUUAAAAAUAUUUAUUGUGAUUUUAAGAAAAUGACUUUCCAUCCCUUCACUUUCCCUCUAUUAUAUGAAGAACAGAAAAGUAUGUAUUUGUUAAUGAUUACAGAACAUUUCUAUGUGAUUUUUAAAUCUAAGAAAAUAUGAUUUCAUAAAUGCAAGAUCCACAGAGAUUUAAGCAAUACUUUAAAAUUGUUUACAUGUGGCUUUUUGUAUAUAUUUUUACUAUCAGUUUUCUCUAAAACAUACUGUAUAUUUCUGUAUUUCUGAUAA